GAGGCGCGCAGCCCUGGCCGCGCUCUCGCGCCGCAGCUGCCUCUGCAUGGCCGCCGCGCUGCGCUCGCGCUCGCUGUGCCGGUGGGCCGUGGCGGCCUGGCGUAUCGGGGCUUCAGGCCCCGCGCUCGCGGCGCGGCACUUCCUCCUGGUGGCCUGGCAACGGUGGGGCCGGAGCUCGCGGCGAAAGGCCUCUGAGCGUGCUGGCCGCGAGCGCCGCGUCGCCGUGGAGUGGCCCUGGCGGCGGCCCUGGCCGCGGCUCGCGUGGCGGGCGUGGCGCGAGCACGUCGCCCGCCGUCGGGCGGCGCUGAGGGCGGCGGAGGCUCAGGCGCAGCUCCUGGCAAUUUCUCGCUCGCAGGCCUUGCUGCGAGCGUUCCUGGCGGACUGGAAGGCGUGGGCCGCGGGGUCGCGGAGAGCGCAGGCGCACUGCCACUGCCUCAGGAAAGCCCGCGUGACGUGCGGGGCCUGCCCCGCAUGCCCUCCGGCGGCGGCCGCCGCCCCCUGCCCGGGCUGCCCGGGCUGCCCGGACUGCAGUCUGACCUGCGGGACCGGGCCAGGCUGGUGGGCGGUCCUUGUCGCCCUGGCUGCUGGCCUCGCGGCCGGUGGCAGCUUCCGCGUGGCGCUGGGCUGGGCCGCCCGAGCCGCCUCGCUCUUCGUCGGCGGGACCGACCCGCCGCGGCGCGAGGGUGCGGCGCCCGUGACCCUGCUCGUCGAGGACGACGGAGCGGGCCAGGACGGCGGCGCGCAGCGCCGCUUUCGGGCAGUGCGAGCGUAG